AUGUCAUACACCACAUCAGCCAUGGAUUCAACUAAGACGGAGCCGAAGUAUCAGCUCAUUUUUGAAGAUACAACAACCAAGCUCUCACGACCGAAGCAAGCCAUUCAGGAUUUAGAAGAGUUACGCUUUUACCAACAAACUAAAAGAAAAGAAUUUGAACAACAAUUGAACAAGAAUAGAUUGAAUUAUGGCCAAUGGCUACGAUACGCAAGAUGGGAACUUGACCACAAUCACGAUUUUGCAAGAGCGAGGUCCAUAAUGGAGAGGGCACUAGAUGUUAAUAUUGAACAUAUACCAUUUUGGACGCAAUAUAUACAAUUUGAAUUGAUACAUAAAAAUGUCAAUCACGCUCGAAACUUGUUGGAAAGAGCCACGGCAGCACUACCGAAAGUGAGCAAGUUGUGGUUUUUGUAUGUACAAACGGAGGAAAUGUUUCAAAAUUACCAAAUGGUGAGACAAAUUUUUGAGAAAUGGUUGACUUGGCACCCUAAUGAGAGUGCAUGGGACGCAUACAUUUCUUUUGAAACGAGGUAUGAUGAGGUGGGGAACGUGAGGGCAAUAUACCAACGAUAUGUCCAAUUGUUUCCAAGUGGGGAAGUUUGGUUGAAGUGGAUCAAUUAUGAAUUGCAAAACAACGAAAAUGACGUGGAGCACACGAGGGCAGUAUUUGAAUCAGCUGUGGAUUCAUUGUUGGAUAAGAGUGAUGAAACAUUUCCCGACAUAGUAGCCAAGUGGUUAUAUUGGGAAGUAAAGUGCAUGGAAUAUCAACGAGUUCAAGCAAUACGGAGACUCUUACUCAACGAAUCAAAGUUUACAUUCUCUACAGGUAUACAGAUUGCUUUGCUCAAUGCAAUCAGUGAAGUGGAAAAACAGAUUGGUGAUAAAGGAUCUAUUGAAGAAAGUAUAACUCUUCAAAGGAAAGCAAAGUAUAAGAAUGAUAUUGAAAAGGACGAGACAAAUUACGACUCGUGGUGGGCUUAUAUAGACCUAAUUGAACAAAGUCAUGAAAUAGACAAUUUACGACAAAUCUUCAAAGAUGCUUGUCUUAGGGUACCACAAGACACUUACAAAAGUGGUAAAUGGAGAAAAUUCAUCAUGAUAUGGGUUAAGUUUGCAUUUUGGGAAGAGUUUGACAAUGGUGAUAUCAAUGCUGCUCGAAACAUAUGGAAUGAAUGCUUGAGUAUUAUUCCGCAUAAACAAUUCAUUCUGGGUAAAGCAUGGGUUGGCCUUGCAGAUUUUGAACUAAGAAAUAAUACGGAUGAAGACGGGUUGGCAAAGUUUCGCAAAGUGAUGGGAAGAGCAUUGGGUCAAAUGAACAAGCUUGGACCCAAGAAAAACAUUUUACAACAUUAUAUUGCAACUGAAAAGAAACUUGCCGAAUGGGAUCGGGUUCGUCAAAUUUAUCAGAAAUGGCUUGAAUGUGCAUUAGUGUUUAGACUCAAUUGUGAUGGCAUCUUUAAAGAGUAUUUGGAAUUUGAGUCAUCGCUUGGAGAAACAAGGAGGUGUGAAUCUUUAUACCAAAUGGCAUUUGAGUUGAUAAAGAAUGAGGAUGUUGUGUCAUGCUUUAACCAGAAGGAGCUCUUCAAGAUGGCUGUGUCCUUCUAUACUGACGAAAUGAAGUACGAUGAGAUUAGAAAGUUGUACAAAAAUUUGGUUCUCACUGCGCCUUCGGCAGAUAACUGGAUAUCAUUUGCACUUUUUGAGUCCACAAUCCCCACCGUGGAGCAAUUGGAACGAUUUCUACAAUCAGAUAAUGAAUUACUUGAAGUCGAAGUAGGAGAAGAACAAAUUGGCAAAUCAAGAGAUGUGUUCAGAAAGGCAGAAAAUCACUUCAAGAACUUGAAUGAUAUCGAAGGAAGGAAAGCAGUUCUAGGGGCAUGGAAGCAGUAUGAAGAAGUCAAUGGAGAUGAAACCAGCAUGGCUGAGGUACAGCAAAAACUUCCUAAACGCGUGAAAAAGAGACGAACAGUGGAUGGAAUUGAGGAAGAAUACUUCGUGUGGGAGUUUCCAAAUGACCCUGUUGAACUAAUAAAUCCCUCACAACCAACUCCCUCCAUCAACAAGUUUUUGGCAAAUGCUAAGAAAUGGGCUGAGAGCAAUAAGCAAUGA